AAAUGAAGAAAAGUCUGUCAUCUCUCAAUUAUGGAGGAGCUUUGGCAUUGACCAUAACAUUAAAUGCAUCGACUUGGAAAGCCGUAGUCUUUUACUUUUUAGAUGGAGAUGUUAAUGGAAUCUCAUUAGUUGAGCUUAAUUUUAGAUUGAGAUGUCAUUAUAAAUUCAUGAUAUUGCAACCCUUAGUUACUUAUACUCUACUCAUAUAUACAAAUUGUAUUUCUUUCCUUACUAAACUUCAUGGAGAAUUCCGCCAUCCUUGUUUUUCUGCUUAUAACAACUGCUACCAUUAGCGCUACAAGUUUCUGCAAUGCAAACACCGAUAAGCUUUGCAAAGAGAGUGAGAGGCAAGCUCUACUGAGAUUUAAGGAAGAUCUCAAAGAUCCCAUGAACAACCUUUCCGAUUGGGUUGGCAAUGGAGAUUGUUGCAGCUGGACGGGCGUUGUUUGCGAUAACUCUACCGGUCAUGUCCAUGAGCUCCAUGUUAGUUCUCUCAACUUUGAUUACAGUUACGAGUAUCAUUUUGUUAUGGGAAAUGGGUUGGGUGGUAAGAUAAAUCCAUCUUUAUUAGAACUGAAGCAUCUCAAACACUUGGACCUAAGUAGAAACAAUUUUAAAGGGAUUCGAAUUCCUAGCUUCCUUGGUUCUAUUCACAGUUUAAUAUAUCUUAACCUCUCUUAUACUGCAUUUGGAGGAGUGAUCCCUCAUGAACUAGGAAAUCUCUCAAGUCUCCGCUAUCUGAAUUUGGGAAAUAAUGAAUAUGAAAAUAAUGAAAAUGAAUUGAAGGUUGAGAACCUUCAAUGGAUUUCUGGCCUUUCUUCGCUGCAGUACCUGGAGAUGUCAGAGAUCGAUCUUAGCAAAGCAUAUGAUUGGCUGCAAGUGAUAAACAUGCUCCCUUCUUUGGAAGAGUUACACUUUUCUAAUUGUCAACUCCCAUAUCAGUUUUCUCCUCUAUCUGUCAUAAACUCCACCUCAUCACUUGUUACCCUUGAUCUUUCCUACAACUACUUUGGCCCUUUGAUGCUCAUGUGGCUAUUCAGUCUCACCAAUCUAGAAUCCCUUUAUAUCCAAGACAGUGGUUUCGAAGGACCAAUUCCAUUUGGUCUUACCAAUUUGACUCAUCUCAAAAUUCUUGACAUGUCUCUCAAUCCAUUCAAUUCUACCAUCCCACCAUGGAUGUGUGGUUUUAAACAUCUUGAGUACCUUGAUCUUCAUCAGACAGAUUUGAAGGGUAAAAUUCCAAGUGCCAUUGGAAACUUGUCAUCCAUUGACACUCUUCAAUUGUCUUAUAAUGAACUUGAAGGGAAAUUACCAAACUCAUUGGGAAGCCUUUGCAAGUUAAGAGAACUUGGACUUUACCAUAACAAUUUCAGAGGAGCAGUAUCGGAAAUUUUUAGAAGAUUUUCCAGGUGCACUAUUGAUGCUUUGGAGGUGUUGGAUUUGAGCGGAAACCAACUCUCAGGUCAACCCACAGAGUCUCUAGGAAGACUGUCGAGCCUACAAUAUUUUGAUAUUUCUUACAACCAGUUAAAUGGAAGUCUUCCUGAAAAUUUUGGUCAACUUGUAAAUCUAAAAUCGCUGGAUAUAUCUCAUAAUUUGUUCGAAGGUGUGGUUUCUGAAGUUCACUUUAUUAAUCUUACAAGACUGAAGCAGUUUAAAGCACAUGAAAACUCGUUGACAAUGAAGACAAGUCCAGACUGGCUCCCUCCUUUUCAACUUGAAAUGUUGAAUCUGAAUGAUUGGCAUUUGGGGCAACAACUACCCCACUGGAUUCGGCGGCAGGAAAAAUUGUUGGAGUUACAAAUAUCCAAUACUGGAAUUGCAGGUACCAUUCCCUCUUGGUUUUGUAACAUUUCUUUUCACCUAGAUUAUCUAAAUCUUUCUCACAAUAAGUUUCACGGGGAGUUUCCGUGUACAAAUCAGUCUUGGUCAAAAAUUGAUCUCAGUUUUAACCAAUUCAAAGGUUUGCUGCCACUUGUCUCAUCGAAAAUAGACAUAGUAGAUUUUUCCAAUAACUCGUUUUCUGGAUCAGUCUCUCACUUUUUCUGCGAUAAGAAGAACUUUCUGAAUGCGAGAUAUGUUAACCUGGGGAACAAUCUUCUCUCUGGAAAAUUUCCAAAGUGUUGGAUGAAAUGGAACAACUUGGUGAUUUUAAAUCUUCAAAACAACAAUUUGUCUGGUGUUAUUCCUAGCUCUAUGGGAUAUUUGACAAACCUUGGCUGGUUGCAAUUGCACAAUAAUAAACUGCAUGGUGAAUUUCCUUUGUCCCUGCGAAAGUGUUUAAGCUUGGAGGUUCUUGACCUAAGUGAAAAUAAAUUUAUUGGAAAGAUUCCUAAGUUGAUAUGGAUAAGUUUAGGAGGGUUGGUGGCUAUUAAUCUUCGUUCAAAUACAUUUCAUGGUGAAAUUCCUUUGGAACUCUGCUCUCUUGUAAGUCUUCAAAUACUGGAUCUUUCACAUAAUAAUUUGUCUGGAACAGUACCAAGAUGUUUCUAUAAUUUGAGUGCUAUGACCACCUUGGAGAGUUCAUAUGACCUCUCUUUGACUUUCGGUUAUUGGACAUAUAAAGAUGACUUUCGUUUAAAGGCGGAAGUCGAUGUGGUGACGAAAGGAAGGGAAGUUGAAUAUAGCAGUGUGCUUAAGUUAGUGAAAAGCAUGGAUCUUUCAAGCAACAAUCUUCAUGGAGAGAUCCCCGUGGAGCUAACUAGCCUUCAAUUGCAAACACUGAAUUUGUCAAACAAUCAUUUGGUUGGAAAAAUUCCAUCAAAGAUUGGUGACAUGAGAUGGCUAGAAUCUUUGGAUCUGUCCAAUAACCAACUAUCUGGCACAAUACCUCCAAGCAUCUCCAGUUUAAAUUUUCUAAGUUACUUGAAUCUGUCUCACAAUAAUUUCACGGGGCCAAUUCCAACAGGUACUCAGCUUCAAAGCUUCAGUGAGUCCAGCUUUAUAGGUAAUCAACUUUGCGGACCUCCACUUCAACAAAAUUGCUCGGUAAGUGAUCCGGCAACUCCACGUGGAGAUAAACAAGGUGAUGAUAAAGAUUACUUGUAUUUGAGCUUGGGACUUGGAUUUGCUUUCGGCUUUUGGGGUGUACUGGCUUCUUUGCUCUUUAACGUGCCUUGGAAUAUGGCCUUUUGUGCGUUCCUAAAUAGGAUUGUAGUAAGACUUUAUGGUGCUCUGCUUUAGGAGUUGUUGUAAUUUAUGUUUUGGUAUGUUCAUGUUUUAUGUGUGUUUGUGUUUGUGUGUAUGGUUUUCUUUUUUUUCUUUUUUUUUUUUUUAAUUCAUGAAUUGUAAUUUUGUUCUUAUGGCAAUAUGAUUAAUUAGGUGGUGAUUAUAAACAA